ACACACUACACUAGUAUGAAAAACAUGUACUUUGUAAUGUGAGUGAAAUAUAUUGUUUUUAUUUAUUGUUUACAUUUAUGAUUACAAAUCACACUUAUGAGGUAUACACGGAGGUUACUUCUGAUGAUAUCGAACAUUCUUAUGAAUCCUAAUCGUUUGUCAAUUGCCGGAAAAUGAUGAAGUUUUGGAAAAGUGCAGCAAAAGGUAAAUCAGGAUGCCCAGUUCGACCACCGGAAGCUUGUACAAGCUCUACUAGCAACGAAAUUAUAAGGCCUCUAUUAGAUACUCCAUCAGAAGAGGAAAAUGCAGAUUACAAGCAUAUAUUUGAGGAAAAAACGAAAUUAUCAUUAAGUUUACAUGAUAUUCUGAUUGAGAAACAUGCUGUAAAACAUUUUAUCCAAUACAUGGAAUCCAUUGGAAAGCAUAUACUGAUCAAAUGUUGGUUGGAACUGGAUAAUUUCAAAGGCUUGGUGGCUAACACAAUUAAUUUUACAAGUAUAUGCAAUCUAGAAAAUCAUUCAAAAAUUAUCAGAACCAAAAGUUUUGACUACCAGUGUAAAUGUGAACUGCAAGAAAAAAAAGAAAUUCUAAGACAAAGUCCAAAUGAUGAUAAAAAUCAGUUUAGUAGUAACAGUAAUAUAAAGAUACGAAGUGAAAAAAAUUCAACUAGUUCAUGCUUGAACUUGUCUGAAUAUGCUAAUUCUAUUAGAAGUUGCCAGGAAUGUGAAAAAAAACAGAGACUCACAAACAUAACAGACGUGGCAAUAGAUUUAUUUAAAAAGUAUGUGGCUUUAGAAGCUCCAUGCCACCUUGACUUACCUGAUGAAUUAAGGAAAUCGGUUAUUUCUAAUAUAUGCAAUCCAGAUGGAAUGAUCAAGGAAGAUUGCUUUGCUCCAGUGCAAGAAAUCUUAUUUAAACAAAUAAACAAUAAUUAUUUUAGUGAUUUUACGAACAGUCCUUACUAUAUGAAAGCUCAAAUUGAUAUAUUGACUAGUGGCUCUCUUAACCUCCAAGACAUUUUGUAUUAUGACACAAUUCUAUUUUAUUUUACUGAAUAUUUGGAGCAAGAAUCUUGUAGAAUUCUGUUAGAAUUUUUAAUGGCAAUAACACAUUUCAGGAAUAAUUUGCAAAAUGACAGAAAUGUGAACGCUGAACAAGCACAAUCUGAUGCCAUUGUUCUGUAUGAUAAAUACUUUUCACUUCAAGCAACAAGUCCAGUUGGGUUCAGCACUGACAUUAGAUUACUAGUAGAAAGUGAAAUAUGUCGAGAAGGUGGUCCACUUGCAACCUGCUUUGACUUACCUUAUAAAAUAGUAUUCAAGACCCUUUCAAAAUAUGUAAAAACAUUUUUAGAUUCUGAAAUAUAUUACAAAUAUCUUUCAGAAAUGAUACAUUCAGUAGAUCAGAUGUGGUCUUCCAGUCACAGAUCACAAUCAGAUUGUAGCAGUGAGUUUAGCAUUAGUACUCAAAACACAUUGUUGGCAAUGGGGGAUCCAGGGUUUGGGAAAAAAAAGCGUAAUCACUCUGUACCUGAUAUGACAAUAGACUCAAACCAACUCUAUAAUGCUGAUGCAUUAUGGCAAAGAAAAAAGCAAGAUGGUUUAAGUCUAGGCAGAGUAAACAGUUUAGGCAGAUUUGAGUCUAAAUUUGAACCUGAUCCAGAUAAGAAAGACAAAUCAGUUCUUAAAAAAAUGGUAAGUAAAUUUGUGCCAACAUCUUCAUCCAAAGUUGAAGAAGAAAUGGCAUGGCAAAUCGCACAUAUGAUUGUAAAAGAUGUCACAGAUUUAACUAUGGCCCCACCGGAAAAUGAUCAUGAUGGAGUUGCAGACAGCAUGUGAUAGUUUGUUUUAUAUAUAAAUAUAUAUUUUGUAUAAGAUCUAUAAAUGUAAUAUAUACUUCUAAAAUAUAAAAUCGUCGAUAAAAUUA